GUUUUUGUAUAUAUAGUUAAGACACUAUAUCAAAUAACUACCACAAUAAAUCUAAUCUGAAAAAUGACAUAAAACCUAUUAUUUCCAUUUUGUUUGUUUAUUUCUGGCACCAACAAUGAAACAAGUCUACCAGCCCAAAGAGUUCCUAACAUGCACCCGCAUCUUGUACAUAAUGACCAUUUUGGGGAUCAUGGCCAACUACAUGCUGAGGGUGAACCUAUCAAUGGCCAUAAUCGACAUGAUCCAACCACCCAAUUCCACAACGGAAGGCCACAAAUUCGACUGGGACCGUUUCCAAAAAAACGACCUGCUAGGAAUAUUCUUCUGGGGCUACAUCCUGACCGACAUCAUCGGCGGAAGACUGGCCGAACUGUUUGGGCCGAAGAAAAUCUUUGGGUACGGAAUGCUGGUCGCCAGUGUCAUCACCAUCAUCACACCUCUGGCUUGUGACUGGGAUUACUACGCGACCAUGGCGGCAAGAUUUGGAAUUGGGCUUUCUUUAGGUGUAACCUUUCCGUGCCUGGCUCCCCUGGCCGUAAACUGGAUCGCCCCCUCGGACAUCUCCAAGUUCAUGUCCAACAUGUUGGCGCAGGGGAUUGGGGUGGCCGUCUCCCUUCCGACCUGCGGCUACCUGAUCACGACCUUCGGCUGGCCCAGCGUGUUCUACUUCACCGGUUGUUUGGGGGGUGUAUGGUGUCUGGGUUGGUUCUACUUCGUCUACGACUCGCCCGAAAGCCAUCCCAGAAUAUCCGAAGCGGAACGGGAGGAGAUCUGUGAGAAAGUGAAGGGCAAAAAACGGACCGAUCAAGUGAAGCUGCCCUGGCUGAAGCUGUUGGCGUCCCCCGCAGUGUGGUCGGUGUUAAUCGUGCAUGGAAGUUUGGGAUUUUGCCACUUCAUGAUCAUAACUCAGCUGCCCACCUACAUGAAAGACGUGCUAAAUUUCAAUCUGAGGAAGAACGGGUUAAUGUCAAGCUUGCCCAGCUUGGGACAGUACUUUUUGGCCCUCAUAGCCGCCUACUCGGCCGACAAGAUCAUCAAAUCGAAAGCUCUGAGCAAACUUUGGACGAGGAAGCUGUUCGUCAUACUCUCCUGCAUUCUUCCCUCAAUACUAACAGUAGCCCUUGUGAUUUGGGGUCGAAACGAAAUAUUGGCUUUAAUUCUGAUCAACAUAUCUUUCGCCUGCAUUGGGUUGAUGAGCGGUGGACACCUCCCCAACCCCAUCGACAUAGCUCCAAACUUUUCUGGGACCAUAAUGGGAUUGGCUACAACUCUUGCCUCACUGGCUGGAGCAGUGUCAACGAAGAUAGUUGCAGUGAUAACAAGAGAUGAAUCCACCUUCAACACGUGGAGAUACGUUUUUGCUGUGAUGGCUGGAGUAUAUGCUUUUGGUGGACUGUUUUAUAUUAUUUUUGGAAGAGCCACCAUCCAAACUUGGAGUGUGGGCCAAUGUAAGAAAGAAAAAAGGAACGAAAUGGUGCCCUUAAGUGUUAUUUCACAAUGAUAUGCAGUUAGUUGUGCAAAAUAAAGUAUUAAAUGUUGUUUUUUUGUAAACAAGUGUUUGUGUACAUAUAAAUAUUUAUUUUUGC